CCGUGACAGUAGCCCUGUUAGCGCGAAGGGAACAAUGAUGUCGGAGCAGGACGCUCUGAAGAGGAACCGCGGGGGAGUGCAGCGGGUGGAAGGAAAACUACGCGCCAGUGUGGAGAGAGGAGAUUACUAUGAGGCCCAUCAAAUGUACCGGACCUUAUUCUUUAGGUAUACAUCUCAGUCCAAGCAUGCAGAAGCCCGGGAGCUGAUGUACAACGGAGCGUUGCUUUUCUUUAGUUAUAACCAGCAAAACAGCGCCGCAGACCUGUCCAUGCUCGUCCUGGAGGCUUUAGAGAAGUCCGAGGCUGACGUCGAGGAGGACGUGCUGGAGCAACUGGUCAAGCUGUUUAGCAUGAUGGACCCGAACUCUCCCGAGAGGGUGGCGUUCGUCUCGCGGGCACUCAAGUGGUCGACGGGCGGCUCAGGGAAGCUGGGACACCCCAAAUUACACCAGCUGCUGGCGGUCACACUGUGGAAGGAACAAAACUACAGCGAGUCUCGCUACCACUUCCUGCACUCGUCAGACGGCGAGGGCUGCGCUCAGAUGCUGGUGGAGUACUCGGCCGCUCGCGGUUUUCGCAGCGAAGUCGACAUGUUUGUGGCUCAGGCCGUCUUACAGUUCCUCUGUCUAAAGAACAAAAUGAGCGCCUCGGUGGUGUUCACCACGUACACGCAGAAGCACCCGUCCAUAGAGAAAGGUCCUCCGUUUGUGCAGCCGCUCCUCAACUUCCUCUGGUUCCUCCUGUUGGCGGUGGACGGUGGAAAGCUGACAGUCUUUACAGUAUUAUGUGACCAGUAUCAGCCAUCACUGAAGAGGGACCCCAUGUACAACGAGUACCUGGACAGAAUAGGGCAGCUGUUCUUCGGCGUUCCACCCAAACAGUCCUCAUCAUACGGUGGCCUACUAGGGAACCUCUUGAACAGUCUAAUGGGGUCGGGUGAGGAAGAGGAGGGUGAGGAAGUUCGUGAGGACAGCAGCCCCAUCGAGCUGGACUGAACAUCACACGCCUCCAAACACAACCUAUAGAACACAACACCUGGACUGAAUCAAACUCGACUUUUUUUUUUUUUUUUUUUUUUUUUUUUUUUUUUCCCCCCUCCCCCUUUUGACCACAUGUCCUGGAAUGAGUUCCUGCAGUUUUUUUUUUUUUUAAUUAUUUAAUUUUUUUGUUUUUCAUUUCUUUGCCCCUCUGUAUAGUUUUCAGAAGAGGUGAUCGAUACAACUUCUGGACUACAUCAUCAUCAGCACCACCACGCACACCACCACCUCUCUACUAAUGAAUAAAUAAACUCUCGUGAAAUGGAAGAACAUUUGAAGCGUGAUCAUGACGGUCCAGCCAGAACAGGAUGAAUUGUCGGUACGAGUUACUAGCGACGACGCGGUCCUCGUACCGUGUGGUGCGAGAUUUAGCGUGUGUUAGUAGCGCAGUCUGCAGGAAGUGACACUCGGAGCAAACUGUGUAAAUAUCUACAGCACCUUCCUCCAAUACAAGUGACGAAACACAUUAAACAGAGAAUAUAACGGAGGGCGAGCAGUUCAGUUCGGCGAGCACUGAGACACGCCCACUUCCUUUCAACAGUGCAGACACUUCGCUCACAGGUCGAGGCGAUGAAGCGAAGUAAAGCGUCCCGUGACGUCGAUUACUUCUCGUUCACACGUACGUCUAGAGGAGUAAACGUGCUCCAGCCACGCCCCGUGUGUACGUUUUCUGAGAGAAACCGUCUUUAGCGCAUCUCGGAUCGUAAACCCUGACCUUUUGCUUUCGAAACGUUUACUAACCUAGAAAACGUGUUUAUAAAAUCGAACACUAAUUGUAUACCAAGUUAAACCGGUUAGUGUUAGUACGCGUAGUCUAAAAUAGUAAACGAGUACGUGAUUUGCUAGUUUGUGUGUUCAGUCGUGUACAGUGUGACAUGGUGCUCUACUGCCCCCACUGGUCAUGUUGGAAUUGCAGCACACAGACAUGUUGUGUAGCGCUAGCUAAUUUCCCAACGUGCUCAUCUACACUGCGGCCAUCUCGUGUAGUUAAAAGCAAGCAGAAUCAUUUCGGGAUCGGGAUUGUUGUGUAUCGAUGCAUCCCUAAUUGAUAAUAUUUCUAUAAUUAAAGUGGAACACGUGAGUACACGCCCAUCACA